AUGUCGGAAGACGUGGUUGAGAUUGAGGAGCCCAAGAUCCCGGGCAACUACUGUGCACGUAGGCAGAGUAGAUGGCUUCCGCCUUCGUCGAGAGGCGAGGAAAACGGCGCAAACAACAAAAACGAGCGACAUGUUCCACCCCACAUCCAUGAGGACGUAGACGAGAUUCACAAGACGGUUUCGCGCUUCCAUGUGUCCCCUGCGCAACUGUACUCUACAGACUCUGGGAAACUGUACCAUGCCGGGUGUAUAUGCAUUGUUUUGGUGGGACCGCCUGCGCGCGGUAAAACCAAUCUGUCGAUCAGUCUGUGCAGGUAUCUGCGAUGGCUGGGAGUCCGGGCCAAUUUGUUCCACCUGGGUGACAUUAGAAGAGAGAAAACAAAGCAUGUACCGUUUGAAUUCUUCGACCCAAAGCCUGAAAGCGAGGAGGCGAAACGGGUGCGCGAAGAACUGACCGACCUGGCCGUGCGAGACGUGCUCAAUUUUUUCCAAAACGACAUGGGCCAGAUCGCCAUUUACGACGCCGUGAACGGCGUAAGCUCGCAGAGACGUGAGCUGGCCCACGUGCUGCAGCAGCACAACGUCAGGGUGAUUUUCAUUGAGAGUUUGAUCGACGACCCGAAGCUGCUGGAGAGCAAUAUAGCCGACGCAGCGAAAUCGCCGGACUACAUCAACUGGGACGCCGAGGAGGCAAUUGCGGACUACAAGAAGAGGGUCAACGUGGUGGCCCGCUCGUACGAGGAGAUGGACGAGGAGGAACUCACGUACAUCAAGUUUAUUAAUUUUGGCGAGAAGCUUCUCGUGAACAAGUCAAAGCACGACUUCCUCACAACGAAAAUAAUAUUCUAUCUCAUGAACUCGAAAAUCAAGAAAGGCUCCAUUUAUUUUGCGAGAUGCUCCAACAACAAGCUCGACUUCAAGAGUGACCCACCGUUGGACGCUAAGGGUCAGGAAUACGCACACAAACUGUUCGACACAAUGGUCAAACAUUACCAGGAACAGGGCAACGAAAGCCUACCUGCGGAUCUUCAGGUGUGGACGUCUGUGAGACUGCGCACGACGCAGCUCGCACAGGUAUUCAAGGACAUGGGGCUGACGGUGACACAUCGCCCGGAAAUGACGCAGCUGAACCCUGGCGACGCGUUCGGACUCACAGACGAAGAGCUAAAAAAAAAGUUCCCGGAUGACUACCAGAAGCAUCAGCUUGAUCCCUAUCACCACCGGUAUCCGAGAGCAGACUGCUACCACGACCUAGCGUUGAAGCUGGAGCCGCUGAUAAUGGAGAUCGAACGGCUGACGAACGAUGUGCUUGUCAUCGCCGACGAGACUGUCAUCCAGGUGUUCUACGGCUACCUGAUGGCCUCGUCUUGCAGCGACAUCCCGUUCCUCAAGUUCCCGCAAUCAGAGAUCACAAAAAUCACUUACAAUGCUUACAUGAACAAGGCGACCAGAAUCAAGAUCGAAGGGCUGCAAGAGUAA